GGUGGCCUUUUGUAGAGCAAGCGAAAAAUAAACACGUAAUCCGCCCGACUGCUAGUGUGAACCUUAUAUGUGUUGGAUGGGGAAAUAGACGCGGGGGUAGUUAUUGUGUUGGCUUCGGCCCCGAGCUCCGAUAUUUUGGCCCAGAGUGCGGCGGUUCCUGCAGACUCUACGUGCAAACAUGGUGCGAGCAGCUUUGGUAACAGCUACUAGCCUGGCCUUGACCGGAGCGGUGGUGGCUCAUGCCUAUUUCCUCAAACAUCAGUUCUAUCCGACAGUGGUAUACCUCACCAAAAGCAGUCCGAGCAUGGCAGUUUUAUAUAUCCAGGCUUUCGUGUUGGUUUUUCUUCUGGGAAAGUUCAUGCGCAAGGUCUUUUUUGGCCAGCUCAGGGCUGCAGAGAUGGAGCACCUGAUUGAGCGUUCCUGGUACGCCGUGACCGAGACCUGCUUAGCCUUUACAGUCUUCAGGGAUGACUUUUCCCCCCGUUUCGUGGCCCUUUUCACUUUGCUGCUGUUUCUCAAGUGCUUCCAUUGGCUGGCUGAAGACAGAGUGGACUUUAUGGAAAGAAGUCCAAACAUAUCAUGGGUCUUCCACUUUAGAGUUCUCUCUCUAAUGGUGUUGCUAGGAGUACUAGACUUCUUAUUCGUCAAUCACGCCUGCCACAGCAUCAUCACCAGAGGAGCUUCAGUGCAGCUAGUCUUCGGAUUUGAGUAUGCAAUUCUGAUGACCAUGGUUCUCACCACCUUCAUUAAGUACACCCUACACACUAUUGACCUCCAGAGCGAGAACCCAUGGGAAAAUAAAGCCGUUUACAUGCUUUACACCGAGCUGUUUACAGGCUUUAUUAAGGUGCUGCUGUACAUGGCGUUCAUGACCAUAAUGAUCAAAGUGCACACCUUCCCCUUGUUUGCCAUUCGACCCAUGUAUCUCGCUAUGAGGCAAUUUAAGAAGGCUGUAACAGAUGCCAUAAUGUCUCGACGAGCCAUUCGCAACAUGAACACGCUCUACCCAGAUGCAACUCCUGAGGACUUGCAAGCCUCUGACAAUGUGUGUAUCAUCUGUCGAGAGGAGAUGGUAACCGGAGCCAAGAAACUGCCCUGCAAUCACAUAUUUCACUCAAGUUGCCUUCGGUCGUGGUUCCAGAGGCAGCAGACAUGUCCAACAUGCCGUAUGGAUGUUCUGCGAGCAUCGCAGCCUAACACCGCUCCUGCUCCUGCUGCCCCAGCACCCCCUGCAGCUCCAGCUAAUGCCCCUGCUCCUCCGGCUGCUAAUGUUGCUCCAGGGGUGAUGCCCCAAUUUCCCCCAGGUCUUUUUCCUUUUUGGGCUCCCUUCCCUGGUGCAGUUCCUCCUGCUGCUCCUCCUACUCCUGGUCAAUCAGCAUCCAGCACACCACAGACCAGUGCAGAAGCAACCCAAACGUCAGCGGCAGAAUCUGCAGCCAGUAGCUCAACCCAGACUGGUGCAGAUGGAGCUGCUGCUGCAGCACCUGUGGCUGGAGUGCCUGGAUUCCCUUUCUCCAUGCCCCCACCAUUCCCAUCAGCGCCAUGGCUGCCCAUGCCUCCUCCUCCACCCUUCAUGUCAUCCAUGCCUCCUCCCCCACCAUCCUUAUCAACAAUGUCGGAGGAAGAACUGAGAGAGUUGGAGCAGGAAGGCCGCCGUGGUUUGGAGGCCAGACUGCAGUGCCUUCAGAACAUCCACACACUGCUGGAUGCUGCCAUGCUUAACAUCCACCACUACCUCACCACCGUUGCAACACUCAGUCCUCCUCGAGCAGAGAGCAGUACUAGCGAAGCAGGUGCAUCAGGCAAAACUGAAGCUCCCAGCCAGGAGAAUGGAACACCAAUUGGUCUCGUCAGCGGAGCGACAGGUUUUUCCCAACCUGACUCAACCACAGGAGUCGAGAAGGAGGAGGAGAAGAAGGAGGAUGAGGAGGCGGAGGUGGAUGGGGAGCCGAGCGCUGCUGAAUUGAGACGUCGCCGCCUACGCAAGCUGGACACCACACCGCCUCUGGACCACUGAUUAUUUAUUUAGUAGUCCAGGCAUUGCAUUCAAUAAAGGACUUUAUACAGUAGAAAUUCACCACUUGUACCCAGCUUUGGCACUUUGGGUGCUUGAGAUGUUAGGUUGUCUCCCAGUGGGCUCUUAUGUUGCUCAGAGCUUCAGUGCAGCAUGCGUGACACUUCCAACGGAUGAUGUCUAAGUUCUAUAUUUGAUUUACAGACAGAAGACUGGAUUCACUGUUAAUAUGCGCAUCCACAGCAAAGUCUUUAACACACACUGCACAGUUCACCUGUUUUUGUUUAUCUUUUAAAAUAUAGCCUGAUAUUUUUUUUCUGCAAGCCCACAAAAUUACCAUUGAAACAAUAAGAUUAUUUCUUAUUUUUUUUUUCUGUUUUCUUUUUUUUUCAUGUUGCUUGGUUGUUGAUUAUUUCUAGCUCUUUGAAUUUUGUUCAGAUCUGAUAUUUGCAAUGAUGGGGAGAAUUUACCAUCAAAUGUGGCAUAAAUUAACAAACUGUACAUACUGUAUAAAGUAUUUUAAUAGGAAGAUCUGUAAAUAAUCCAGAAUAAAUCAUUCAACUCA